GCGGCCCGGAUGCGUGUCGCUGGGCCGGCGCUGCCGUCUCCACGUGUGAUUGAGGGAGGCAGGGAGCGGGCCGCCGGGAUGUCGGUGUCGGUGGCCGCGGGCAACCUGCCCAUGCGGCUGCUCCGCAAGAAGAUCCACAAGAGGAACCUGAAGCUGCGGCAGCGCAACCUGAAGCUGCGGGCUGCCGAGCAGGAAGGCCAGACCUCGCUCGGUCCCCCGGAGGAGGACGAGGUGAAGGAGGCGGCGGCCCCCGAGGCGGAGGCAGAGACAGAGGCGGGCGAGCAGGCAGCGCCGGGCCCCGAGGCCGCUGGGGCGAAGAGGAGGAAGAAGAAGAAAAGGAAAGCUGCUGCUGGCCCCGAGGGAGGUACAGAAACUAAGAAAGCAAAAGCUGAAGAAGACGUAUCUGUGGAGGCAGAAGAUGAAGAUGGGCAGGAUACGGGAGAGAAAGAAGCGGAAGAGGAGGACGAGGUGCCCAGUUUACCUCUGGGUCUAACAGGUGCCUUUGAAGACAAUUCUUUUACUUCCCUUGCUGGUCUCGUCAGUGAGAAUACAUUGAAAGGCAUCAGUGAUAUGGGCUUUACACACAUGACAGAAAUCCAGCAUAAAAGUAUUAAACCUCUACUGGAAGGGAGGGAUAUUUUAGCAGCUGCCAAAACAGGCAGUGGCAAAACACUUGCAUUUCUCAUUCCUGCAGUAGAGCUCAUCUACAAGUUAAAAUUCAUGCCUAGAAAUGGGACAGGUGUUAUUAUUCUUUCACCUACUCGAGAGCUUGCUAUGCAAACCUAUGGAGUUCUUAAAGAACUUAUGAAUCAUCAUGUUCACACCUAUGGUCUGAUCAUGGGGGGCAGUAACAGAUCAGCAGAAGCUCAGAAACUUGGAAAUGGAAUCAACAUAAUUGUAGCAACACCAGGAAGACUUCUGGAUCAUAUGCAGAACACUCCAGGUUUCAUGUACAAGAACUUGCAGUGUUUGGUGAUUGAUGAGGCAGAUCGAAUCUUAGAGGUUGGAUUUGAGGAAGAAAUGAAACAGAUCAUAAAACUUCUACCAAAGCGCAGACAGACAAUGCUGUUUUCUGCUACACAAACCAGGAAGGUGGAAGAUCUAGCCAAGAUCUCUCUGAAGAAAGAACCACUGUAUGUAGGAGUUGAUGAUAACAAGGAGACAGCAACAGUAGAUGGCCUUGAACAGGGCUACGUAGUGUGUCCAUCUGAAAAAAGAUUCCUUUUGCUCUUCACGUUCCUGAAGAAGAACCGGAAGAAGAAACUAAUGGUAUUUUUUUCUUCAUGUAUGUCAGUGAAGUACCAUUAUGAACUUCUAAACUACAUUGAUUUGCCUGUUUUGGCCAUUCACGGCAAGCAGAAACAAACAAAACGUACUACAACAUUUUUCCAGUUCUGUAAUGCAGAAUCUGGAAUCCUGUUGUGCACUGAUGUAGCUGCCAGAGGACUGGAUAUUCCUGAGGUGGACUGGAUUGUCCAGUAUGACCCUCCAGAUGAUCCAAAAGAGUAUAUUCAUCGUGUUGGUAGAACUGCCAGAGGUAUAAAUGGUAGAGGACAUGCUCUGCUCAUUUUACGUCCGGAAGAACUGGGCUUUCUUCGUUACCUGAAACAAGCCAGGGUACCACUCAGUGAAUUUGAAUUUUCCUGGUCAAAGAUUUCAGAUAUCCAGUCUCAGCUGGAGAAACUGAUUGAGAAGAACUACUUCCUUCACAAGUCAGCCCAGGAAGCAUACAAAGCUUACAUUAGAGCUUAUGACUCCCAUUCUCUGAAGCAGAUCUAUAACGUGGGUAACCUGGAUCUUAACAAAGUCAGCCUCUCAUUUGGCUUUAAAGUCCCUCCAUAUGUUGACCUCAAUGUGAACAGCAACCAAGGCAGAAGACUACAGAAAAGAGGUGGAGGUGGAGGAUUUGGUUACCAGAAACCAAAGAGCGUCCACAAAGCUAAAAUCUUCAAGCACAUCAGCAAGAAAUCAGACAAUCGGCAAUUUUCUCGUUAAUUGUGCAUUUGUUACAAUGGCUUUUUGCUUUGGUGUAGACUGCCUUGAUCAAAACUGUCUGGCAGUUACUUCCAUUUUAAACUUCUCUGCUGACAUUGUAGGGAAAGAAAAGUUUUAGUUUCAGAGUUUCUUAAUGUUUCAUUUCAGGAAGACUCUUUGGAAGAAAGAAUACAGAGAGACAGCCAAACUUCCUGUCAAGAAGAUGAUGGGUGAAUGUAAUUAUUUAACACAGUGAUUUAUUAAAGAAAAAAUAUUUUCAGCUUUUUAUAGGAAAA